GAUUUCUGUCUUUUCAAGGAAGCUGCCACCAAGUGGAUGUGAGGGUCUUAUGUGGGGGACGAUAAUUACCCCUUACCAAAGAACAUAAAGCUCCCGGGAAAGACCAGGGAGCUGAAAGCCAAGAAAUCUGGCUGGAUAGGGUGACUGGAGCGCGUGCGAUCUGGGAUCGGGCUGGGGAUUCUGGACCCCUUACUUCAGCACCUGAGGGGAUGGGCAGCGUUGGACUGGACUGCAGUCUCGGGGAGGAAACUGCACAGGCGCCACUGCUGUCAUCGCCACCACUGUCGUCACCACGGGCAGCUGAGCACCCUGCCCCUCGCAGCUGAACGCCUGUGCCUGCUAUUAUCCCGUCUUCUGACCCUCGCCACUGGUGGAAGAAAAAUCACCCUCCAGCACCCAGCUCUAAGGAGUACUGGAGUGCUCCUCUCCUCUGUUGAACUCAGAAGCAACUUCAACAAUAAUUUUUCCAUAGGGAGUCUGGAGGGAAAGCAGUCAGAAGAGUGAAGUGAAGUUCUUAGAAGCCCAGAGAAACCAUGGGCUUUGCAGCAGGGACUGGCAUACUCCAAGGCCCACAGUUCUUGAAAUAAGUGCAUAUUCCUUGGUGGGUGACAACUGUUGUGGAAAUAGCUUUAGGGGAGCCUGGAGAUCUAUUCAACCCCUUCCUUGGAGGAGCAGAGACGAAUUUUAUUUCCUCUACUUAGCAGAUUGCUCUCCAGGAUGUUGAGAUUACCGGAGAAGUGACCAUACGGCACAAGAAAAUAUUUCCCUACCUAAAUUCAAACUCCAUCUUUUGUGGUGCCACAGCACAUGGAUUUCAGAACUACCUGUGAGGAGGAAAGAACGGUGACCAUCAGAAGACAGACAGUUGGAGGAUUCGGACUGAGCAUCAAGGGAGGAGCAGAGCAUAACAUUCCAGUUGUCGUUUCAAAAAUUUCCAAGGAACAGAGAACGGAACUUUCAGGACUACUCUUUAUUGGGGAUGCAAUUUUACAGAUAAAUGGGAUUAAUGUGAGAAAAUGCAGACAUGAAGAAGUGGUUCAGGUUCUCCGGAAUGCUGGGGAAGAAGUGACUCUAACAGUGUCAUUUUUAAAAAGAGCCCCUGCUUUCCUCAAACUCCCAUUGAAUGAAGACUGUGCUUGUGCUCCAAGUGACCAGAGCAGUGGCACCUCUUCUCCUCUAUGCGACAGUGGCUUGCACCUCAAUUACCAUCCCAACAACACAGACUCGCUGUCGUGCUCCUCCUGGCCCGCCUCGCCGGGCCUGCGCUGGGAGAAGCGGUGGUGCGAUCUGCGGCUCAUCCCCCUGCUGCACUCCAGGUUCUCUCAGUACGCGCCCGGGACCGACCUCCGAAGGCAGAAUGCCUUUCAAGUUGUUGCUGUGGAUGGUGUCUGCAGUGGAAUUAUUCAGUGCCUCUCCACUGAAGACACUAUUGACUGGCUACAAGCAAUAGCAACUAAUAUUUCAAACCUCACAAAGCACAAUAUUAAGAAAAUCAACAGAAACUUUCCUGUAAACCAGCAGAUAGUCUACAUGGGUUGGUGUGAAGUACGGGAACAUGAUCCCCUGCAAGACAGAGUGUACUCUCCAACGUUCCUCGCCCUCCGGGGCUCCUGUCUUUACAAGUUCCCAGCACCUCCAGUGACCACCUGGGAUUGGACUCGAGCAGAGAAAACAUUCUCAGUUUAUGAGAUUAUGUGCAAAAUCCUCAAGGACAGUGACCUGCUGGACCGGAGGAAACACUGCUUCACUGUGCAAUCUGAGUCUGGAGAGGACCUCUACUUCUCUGUGGAGUUAGAGUGUGACCUUGCCCAGUGGGAACGAGCCUUCCAAACAGCCACCUUUCUAGAAGUGGAGCGGAUACAGUGCAAGACAUAUGCAUGCGUGCUGGAGAGUCACCUCAUGGGCCUCACCAUUGACUUCAGCACAGGAUUUAUAUGCUUUGAUGCAGCAACAAAGGCUGUACUUUGGAGGUUUAAAUUUUCUCAGCUUAAAGGCUCUUCGGAUGAUGGCAAGAGCAAAAUCAAAUUUUUGUUUCAAAAUCCAGAUACUAAACAAAUUGAAGCUAAGGAAUUGGAAUUUUCGAAUCUUUUUGCUGUUCUUCACUGCAUUCAUUCAUUCUUUGCUGCCAAAGUAGCUUGUUUGGACCCUCUAUUUUUAGGCAACCAGGCUACUGCUUCUGCUGCUACCAGCUCUGCUACUACAAGCAAAGCAAAGUAUAUGACUUGAUAUA